AUGGGAGAUACCUCAAUCGCUGCGAACAGGUCCGCCCUGAAGGACUUCCUUGCGUCCAUCGCCACGAUAUCUGGAGAUCUUUCCAACAUCACAGCGCCUCCAUUCCUUCUAGCUGAAAACUCGACAGUAGAGAUUCCACAGUACUGGUGUGAUCAUGCACAUCUGUUUGUUCGACAAGCAUGGGGAGAUACCGAGGAGCAAAGGGCCUUGAAUGUGUUGGAAUCGUUCAUGGGUGCGCUUCGAAACCAACAAUAUGCUGGUAAAAGCGAGCAGGACGGGGUAAAGAAGCCAUUGAAUGCGUUCUUGGGCGAACUGUUCAUGGGCAGGUGGGUGGAUGAAGAGCUUGGAGAGACGCGACUUGUGUCUGAACAAGUUAGCCAUCAUCCGCCCAUCACAGCUUGCUACAUCUGGAAUGACAAACACGGUGUUCGGGCAGAAGGGUUCACGGAACAAGAGAUUACCUUUUCUGGAAGCGUCAGCAUAAAACAAAAGGGCUAUGCCAUGCUACACAUCGACAAAUAUAACGAGGACUACCUGAUGCCGGUCCCCAACGUCAAGGUCAAAGGUAUUUUGGGCGGCAAGCCAUACCCAGAAUUGCAGGGUGAAUAUUCGCUUAUAUCUUCGACUGGAUAUGUGUCGCAUAUCAAAUUUGAGGGAAAGUCAUUCUUCGGUGGCGGUCAAAAGAACGGAUUCGAGGCGAAGUUGUUCCAUGUUGACCGUCCAGAGGAGACUUUGUACGAGGCCAAAGGGGUUUGGAAUGGUGAAUCGACAUUUGAAGAUGCACGAUCAGGGAAGCAGAUUGAGAAACUCGACUUCGCGACGCUCAAGUCCUUACCAUUGCAGAUUGAGGACAUAGCAGAACAAGACCCAUGGGAGUCACGGAGGGCCUGGGGCGAUGUCAUCUCCGCCCUAAAACGAGGCGAUAUGAAGGGUGCUGCAGACGCGAAGUCAAUAGUCGAGCAAGGUCAACGACAGAUGAGGAAAGACGAGGCUGCCGAUGGGACAAGGUGGAAGAACCGCUUCUUCCAGGACGUUGGGCGUGACGAUGUUUUCGAAACUCUGGCAAAACACGACCCCGGCUCAUUCACUAUCGAUCGCAAAGGCGGUAUCUGGAAGGUGGACAAAGAAGCAGUUAAGACCGCCCAAAAACCUUACCACGGCGAUUUGCUGCCAACAAAUGAGCGAACGGGACAAACUCGACAUGAAGAGAUUAGUGAAACUCAAGGGCAGUCGCAAACUGAGGCCCCAGCGGCAGUUUCCUCAAACAGUGUUCCUCGACAACAAGCUUCCGGGGAAGAAGUGCCGCCCCAGCACCCAAUUGAUCUUCCGGCACAAGGAGAUCUGCCGGUGAGACCGAGAACCGAACCACGAUCCAUGGGAGCGCCCGAAAGUUCAAAAGGGCCGACCGAUGCACAGGUCGAGAAAUUCCUCCGGAACAAGUACAGCGCAAGUCCGAGAUGA